AGCUGGUUCACAGGAUGUCGAAUGAAACAUUUUCCUCGAUCCAUAGUUUCCCCACUAUAAAAACUCCCCAAAGCCAAGCCCCCAUCGCCUGUGCCUCAGUCUCAUUUCUCUCUUAUCCUUCUUCUUUUCCACUUUCCAAACUUGUCAAACAAAUUUAAUUACAUGACAACUCUCCCUCAAACACAAGGCAAAACCAUCCCAGAUGCCUGGGACUAUAAAGGCCGCCCUGCUGAGCGGUUCCGAACCGGUGGCUGGACUGCCGCCGCCAUGAUUUUAGGUGGGGAGGCUUGCGAGAGGUUGAUAACGCUGGGUAUAGCCGUUAACUUAGUGCCAUAUUUAACGGGUACCAUGCAUUUAGGAAAUGCUGCUUCUGCAAAUACAGUCACCAACUUUCUUGGCACCUCUUUCAUGCUUUGCUUGCUCGGUGGAUUUGUUGCCGAUACCUUUCUUGGCAGGUACCUCACCAUCGCAAUCUUUGCUACCGUUCAGGCAACUGGUGUCACAAUAUUAACAAUAUCAACCAUAGUCCCAAGUCUACGACCGCCAAAAUGCACCGCGAACACGGUCCCACCUUGCAUCACGGCAAAUGAUAUGCAGCUAGUAGUCCUCUACAUAGCGCUAUACCUCACCGCCCUCGGAACCGGCGGUCUAAAAUCGUCGGUUUCUGGGUUUGGAUCAGACCAGUUCGAUGAUUCAGACAAAGAAGAAAGAAGGCAAAUGACAAACUUCUUCAACUGGUUCUUCUUCUUCAUAAGCAUCGGAUCGCUCUGCGCAGUCACCGUCCUUGUUUACAUCCAAGGCAACUUGGGGAGAAAAUGGGGCUACGGAAUAUGUGCGUGUGCGAUAGUGUUCGGUCUGGUUGUGUUUUUGAGUGGCACGAGACGGUACCGUUUCAAGAAAUUAGUAGGAAGCCCUUUGACGCAGAUCGCGACAGUGUUUGUGGGGGCCUGGAAAAAGAGGAACUUGGAAUUACUUUCGGAUUCGUCGCUGCUCUUUAAUGUUGAUGACAUUAUAGAUGGGAAUAAGAAGAAAAAACAAAGACUGCCGCAUACCAAGCAGUUCCGUUUCUUGGACAAAGCAGCAAUCAAAGAUGAAGAUACAGCAAGUGGCACUGCUUUGGUAAACAAGUGGUGUUUAUCAACCCUAACAGAUAUUGAGGAAGUUAAAAUGGUGAUUAGAAUGUUACCCAUAUGGGCCACCACAAUAAUAUUUUGGACAGUUUAUGCCCAAAUGACCACAUUUUCAGUGUCACAAGCAACUACCAUGGACCGCCAUAUUGGCAAGUCGUUCCAAAUCCCUCCUGCAUCACUGACUGUCUUCUUCGUGGGCAGCAUUCUAUUGACCGUCCCGAUCUAUGACCGAAUCAUUAUUCCCGUAACCAGAAAACUACUUAAAAACCCACAAGGACUAACCCCUUUGCAACGCAUUGGGGUCGGUCUAGUUUUCUCAACAUUUGCAAUGGUCGCAGCAGCUCUUACGGAACUAAAGCGUUUGAAAGUUGCAAGAUCACAUGGUUUGACAAAUAAUCCAACGGCUAAGGUUCCUUUAAGUGUUUUCUGGCUGGUCCCACAGUUUUUGCUUGUCGGUUCCGGUGAGGCCUUCACGUAUAUUGGACAGCUUGAUUUUUUCCUAAGGGAGUGUCCUAAAGGUAUGAAGACCAUGAGCACAGGACUGUUUUUGAGUACACUAUCACUUGGGUUUUUCUUUAGCUCUUUAUUGGUUACUAUAGUGCACAAAGUGACCGGGGAUAGGAAGCCGUGGCUGGCAGAUAAUCUCAAUCAAGGGAAGCUUUAUAAUUUCUAUUGGUUAUUGGCAAUUCUGAGUGGUCUGAAUAUCGUGGUUUAUUUGGUUGCUGCGAAAUGGUAUGUGUAUAAAGAUAAGAGACUUGCUGAAGAGGGAAUAGAAUUGGAAGGAGCAGAAAUUGUUUGCCAUUAAUAAAUGAUAUCUGAACCAAAUUAAGAAAAAAAAAAAAAAAGUGAAAGAAAUUUCCUAUAUCCCUACUUUUUUACUUGAAUAAAUUUGUGUGAGUUUGUAACCUUUAUGUAAAAAUGAACCAAAAUUGAAGGAUCGCUCCUCAAAGGCUGUGAUAAAAACCACAAUCAUUUUCA